CCCCGCCCCCGUCGCUAGGGGCUCUGUGGACUCCGACGAACCUGCGCUGCGCGGCGUACGCGGUUUCGCCUUUGCGGGACCUUCGUUUCUGCCAGCGCCGAGCUCACCCAGUUCUCCCACAUCUGUGCGACCAUGUUCGUUCCCUGCGGAGAAUCGGUCCCCGACCUCGCGGGCUACACCUUCCUAAUGCCAGCAGUGUCUGUUGGAAAUGUUGGCCAGCUUGCAAUGGAUUUGAUUAUUUCUACACUAAAUAUGUGUAAGAUCGGUUACUUCUAUACCGAUUGUCUUGUGCCAAUGGUUGGAAACAAUCCAUAUGCAACUGCAGAAGAAAAUUCAACAGAACUCAGUAUAAAUGCUGAAAUAUAUGCAUUGCCUUCGAAGAAGCUGGUGGCUCUUCAGUUAAGAUCAAUUUUCAUUAAGUAUAAAUCAAAACCAUUCUGUGAAAAACUGCUUUCCUGGGUGAAAAGUAGUAACUGUGCCAAAGUCAUUGUUCUUUCAAGCAGUCAUUCAUAUCACCGGAAUGAUCUACAGCUUCGGAGUGCUCCCUUCAGGUACCUACUCACACCUUGUGUGCAAAAAAGUAUUCAAACUAAAAUAAUGAGCCUUAACUGGGAAGAAAUGGAAAAAAGCCCAUGCAUUCCUGAAAUAGAUGAGUCUGAGUUUUGUAUUCGUAUUCCUGGAGGAGGUAUCACAAAAACACUCUAUGAUGAAGGGUGUUCUUUUGUGCCCUACCAAAGGUCUGUCCUGAAGAACUUUUGUGUGCACUUGAGAAAAAUGUGUAUUCUGCUUUUGUUGAGUAGAGUAUUCUGUAUGUAUCUGUUAGGUUUUACCCAGUGUUGUGUACGUCUUCUCUUUCCUUCUCAGUCUGCAUGUAGGCUGUUGAAGUCUCCAGUCAUUACUGUAGCACUGUAUGUGGUUCUCCCUUCAGUUCUCUCAGUGUUUGCUUCAUAAUUUGGGGGCUCCUAUUUUGUGAAUAUGUCUUUAUAUUUGUUAUGUCUUCUUGAUGAAUUGGCUCUUUUAUCAAUAUAUAAUGGCCUUCUUGGUCUUUCGUAACAGUUCUUGACUUGAAGUCUAUUUUUUCUGAUUUGUAUAGCCAUGCUGCUCUCUUGGUUACUAUUUAUAUGGAAUAUCUUUUUCCAUCUCUUCACUUUCAAACUGUGUGUGUCCUUAUAUUCAGAGUAAGUCUCCUGUAGACAGUACAUAGUUGGAUCAUGUUUUUUAAUCCAUUCUGCCAAUCUGUCUUUUGAUUAGAGAAUUUAAUCCCAUUUGCAUUAAAGGUAAUUAGUGAUGAAAGACGUCAUUUUGCUGUUUGUUUUCUAUGUAUCUUAUAGCUUUUUUUGUUCUUCAUUUGCUGCUUUACAGCCUUCUUUUGUGCUUAGUUGAUUUUUUAUAGUGACCUCUUUUGAGUCUCUUCACAUUUUCUUUUGUGUAUAUUCUAUAGAUACUUGCUUUGCGGUUUCCAUGGUGAUUGCAUAUAACAUUCUAAAGUUGUAACAGUCUAAUUUGAGUUGAUACCAAUUUAACUUCAACUGCACACAAAAACUACUCCCAUACACACUGCCUCCCCCAACCCAUUGUGAUACUGUUGUCACAAAUCACAUCUUUAUAUAUUAUGUGCCUAAUAACAGAUUUUUUUGUGCAUUAUUCUUUUAAAUACUCUGCAGUCACUCUUGAUUAGUCUUUGGGAAUCAUGAACUUCUAGAAGGCAAGUGAAAGUAAGGGUGGAAGUUAGAAAGAGAUCUUUUUUUUCUUUUAGCCCCUUUUCAUAAAUUGAUUUAUAUGACUUACAUGAUGGCCCAGCCGGCCAUCAGAUUUGUAGACACUUCCACUGUCCCCAUUUUUGCCUGCCCUUAGCUUUCUGUCUCAUACGACCUGAGGCUAAGUUUGGGGCUAACCAGAAGGCCAUGCUGUAUGCGUCGACUUCCUUUGACUCUUCUUGCCGGGAGUUGAUGUGCCUGGUGGGUUUGUGGAUGACAGAGCCAACGGUUAUGAAGAGGGGGAGGACAGCAUUUAGUGGUCUCUGCUGCUUUUCAAGCUCAU